UCAUUGUCAGAUGUUGUCUGCUAGCCAAUGAACGAUUUUGUAAAUAUCACGCCAUGUGUUGAAAAAUAUAUUUGCUCAAACCAUUUAGUGUCAUUACUGAUUUCAUUAAAAUCUUUUCAUCUGCAUAGAAGUCAAAGAUUAGUCUAUUCGCCAGACUAAAAAUGAAAACGGUAACAUGUACAGCUCCUGUGAACAUUGCAGUCAUAAAAUACUGGGGUAAAAGAGAUGAAAAUUUAAUUCUUCCUGUCAAUUCAUCAUUAAGUGCCACAUUAGGACAGAAUGAGCUCCGUGCAAAGACUACAGUAGCUGCUGACCCAAGUUUUACUGAAGAUAAAAUGUGGCUAAAUAACAAAGAGCAAUCUGUGAAUACUCAAAGAAUACAAAAUGUUUUUAGAGAAAUCAGAAGAAGAGCCAGAAAACGAAAAGGAGAUGGAGACAAAUCAAAAAUAUUCAGUCAAAAAAUUCACAUAUGUUCUGAAAAUAAUUUUCCAACAGCCGCUGGAUUAGCAUCUUCAGCAGCAGGUUAUGCGUGUCUAGUAUAUUCGUUAUCCAAACUAUUUGAUGUAGAUGGAGAAAUAUCAGACAUUGCCAGGCAAGGAUCAGGGAGUGCUUGUAGAAGUAUUUAUGGUGGUUUUGUUGAAUGGCAAAUGGGUACAAAAACUGAUGGCUCAGAUUCUUUUGCUAAACAAAUAACAUCAGCACAACACUGGCCAGAAAUGUGUAUUCUAAUUCUUGUGGUAAGUGAUCAAAAAAAACAUACUGGCAGUACAGAAGGUAUGCAGACCAGCGUACAAAACAGUCGUCUUCUUGAAAAACGUAUUGAAGUAGUUCCUGAAAGAAUGACUAAUAUAACAAAAGCUAUUAAAGAAAAAGACUUCCAUACAUUUGCUGAAAUUACCAUGAAGGAUAGUAACCAGUUUCAUGCUAUCUGUUUAGAUACAUAUCCUCCUAUAUCCUAUAUGACAGAUGUAUCAAGACAAAUAGUUAGAUUUGUACACAGUUUUAACAACCAUUCUGAAGAAACCAAGGUUGCUUAUACAUUUGAUGCUGGUCCGAAUGCUUGUUUAUAUUUAUUAGAACAAGAUUUAGGGCAAGUUGUUUCUCUUGUGAACCAUUUUUUCCCGGCACAAGAUAAUGGAUUAAAUUUAAAAGUACAAGGUCUUCCUGUUUCAAUUGUUAAACCUUCACAGAAGGACAUUGAUGCCUUAUCACUUCCAGUUUUACCAAAUUCUAUCAAAUAUUUAAUAAAUACAAAGGUUGGUGAAGGUCCUCAAAUUCUAUCCGAUCCCAGUGAGAGUCUACUAACUGACAAUGGUCAUCCCAAAACAUUAUCUAGCUAACAUUUUAUUUACUACAUAGUAUAAUAAAUGGCAGCAUUAUAUAUUUUUUAGAUAUUGGGAAAUAUCAUUAUCAUUUUAUAUAUCAUAUUUGUUGUUCAAGUAAAUCAUUAAAGAUGCAUUAUGGCAGAUUUUUAUUUUGACUUCAAAUGCUAUAUAAACUAUUAUUUAGACGUCUAUUAUCAUGACCAUACUCAACUCUUUAGACCAUCGGAUGGCAGAGAUUUAAAUAGAUUAGAAUGCCUGCGAGAUUUAAAAAUAUAAUGAUAAAAUGGAUAAUUGAGACUUAGUCUCGAUUGACAAGUACAUUGUUACGAAAAUAAACUAUCUAUGCUACAUCUUCCAACACUCAUAACUUCACUCCGAAUAAAGUAAUUUGAAUGAAAUUUUCAAUAUAUUCAUUAUCUAUUUUUGAACUAGCUGUUUAUCCAAAUCUUACAUAAUGCAUCUUUAAGACAGUGUCAUUUUUUACCAUAUUGACUUAUUUUUCACCCAACAUUACUAUAAUAAUGACUAGACCACAGUCAUUUGUUGAACUAUAACAAGCUGAUUAAAACACAGAUCCUAUUUUGUUUCGUUUUUAUAGUUCAAAAUUUCGUUUUACUUGUCUUUACUGCACUAAGAUCUGGAACAGUUGAUAUCAUUGACCUGUUCUGAAUGUUGUGAGAGAUUAGCCAAUGAAACGCUCUGUUACGGCGAGCUUUAGGCGUGUUUUACACGGAACUGUGGGUAAUCCACUAGUAACAUCAAUGCUGAUUGGUUUAUCAAAUGUCUGACGUCAUAGGGUAGCGACUUAUUGCUACAACCAGUCAGAUCUUCAUGUAGUAGAGGCCAUCAAAAGUAUAAAAAAACGAAACGAAAUAUAGAUCUGUAUUUUAAUCAGAAUGGAAUUACCAGUACUGGUUUGCUCUUCACAAAGGCUUUUAAUUCCACAUUUUUAAGGUAUCGAAAUUUUAAACAAAAAACUGUUCACGGAACACAAGUGGCUCUUUAUUAAAGAUACAUUAUGGGAGAUUUGAUAACGAGUUGGCAGUUCUCACUAUAAUAAUUAAAAACUAGAUAACGUAAAGGCAAUUUGCUGAAAAUUUCAAUCAAAUUGAUCCACUAUGAACUGAGAACUAAGCAAAUGAAAUUUCUGCCUAGCCUCGGUCAUCAUUACUAAAGUCAGUACAUGUACGUUAAACAGCAUAGUCUCGAUUAUCCAUUUAAUCGUUUAAUCGAGAAGGAAAGUUAUGCAGUAAAUCGGAUCACAAUCCACUUAAGAUCGCAGGCUAGCGAUGCCAUCUAGAGUUGAUUAUGCUUUGGAUAAGUUAAUUAAUGUCUAAUUAAUAAUUUAGAUAACAUUUCAGGCCUAAUGAAAGACAUGCAAUAGACAGAUUUAGCUCUUGCAUAAUGUAUGUUUAAUCAAGAUCCUGAAGAAAUAAACUUAAAUUAGGUUUUGGCUAAAGAGCUUGUCCCAUCACCUAUCAAAAUAUUCAAAUCAGAUCAGCUAAAGUCAACAUUUUAUUUAUUUUUACAAUUAUCAAAAAAGUUUAGCUCCUUUAAACUAAAUGAAGAAAGAAAAAAACAGUUAAAUUGUUGUAAAGGUGGUAAUAUUGACUAUAAAAACAUUCUGGGCUUGAUAAUCAUGGAUAAAAAUGACAUAUUGUUCAACAAGCAUCAGCUGAAAGUCUUGGAGAAAAGUGCAUGCCAGCAUAAACUAUAUACUGGUAGAAGACAAUGGGGACUUUAGGUGAUCAAAACUUUAGUUAGGAUUGAUCAGUCCAAAUAAUUUUUGGACUAAUAUACCUUUUAUGAAGACUUGUGUAUAGUCUAGCUCAAAGUCUAUAUUUUCCUUUAGUCUGGUGUACCUUAUAUAUAAUGUUUAAUCAAACAAGGGUAUCAGCUAUGAAAAGCAUUAUUAAGAAAUGAAUAUGAAUGUUACUAUAUUUCACUAUAUUUUAUUAUUUAUACAUAACACCAUAGAACCACAAACAAUUUUACAUUGUUUUAAAGUGAUCAAAUGUUAUCUUUUUUUUAAUAUCUGUUACUGAUGUAAGUAUUAUAUAACUUAAUAUUGCUUUAGUUCCAGUUGUCUGUAUUAUAUAAUACUUUCACCAAAUGCCUUUUAAAGAUAUUAUACAUGAUCAGUAUGGAGAUAUGGCGAUUAAAGAGAUCAAUAAGUUGUCUGACAUCUAUAGGUUAUUAUUUAUUAUGAUAUGUCUUUAUUGUUUUAUAUCAUUCCAUUAACAUCACACACAUUAAAUUGUUAGUAAAACUAUUGUUACGCAAUUAAUUUGACCCAUUUUCUUGUCAUGUGCACGAAUUGUGCUUUAUUAUUUGUGGGUUUUAAAUACAUAUUUUGACACAAAAGGGUUAAAUAUUUAACUGAAAAUGGCAUAUUUGGCACCAAUUGAACGUCCAAACAAUGAAACACGGUAGUAAUUAAUGUGGUAUUAUUAUGAGUUGGGCUAUGGAGCCGCAUUUCGUAGUCAACACUGAAUUUAGAGGUGUGCUGGGCCCUCCAAAGAAGGGUAUAGAUAGACCAAAUUUAGGGCACGUUUUGGGGGUGGGGGGCAGUGCAGGAAAUUUUAGGGUCUGUGUUCUAAAGAUCUGAACAUAAACGAUAGUUAGCAACAAUCAAUCUAUUAAAAUACAUAUCUAUCUUUCGUUUCGUUUUUUUUUUAUACUUUUGAUGGCUUAAACUACAUUCCGAAGAUCAGACCAGUUGUACUGGAAGGUCGCGUCAGGGGUCAUACGAGAGGCUUUUGAUCCUAUGAUGUCAGACAACUACUCUUCCAGAUCCUAGUGUUGUGAAGACAACUAAAACAAAAUUUUGAACUAUAAAAAACAAAACGAAAUAGGAUCUGUGUUUUAAUCAGAUUAAAAGCAUUAUUGCACCAAUCACAAUCA